AUGUCGACGGAAACCUCCAAACAGUUAUCGAAUAUAGAUCGAGACCUGCCUGCUCUAGUAGGAGAGGAGAACUUUGAUGACCCGUUCUUAAACCAGCUCUCCGAUGCUGAACUAUCUGGUCUACAUCAGACACCUGGUUAUUUUUCUGGCUCCUCAAACUACCCUGGCUCUUAUCAACAACAUCAACCAGUUUCUUCUACGAAUCCGAAUGAUCUGACUUCUCCAUCUUCUCAGCUGGACUUUCUGAGCUCUGCAGACCACACUGAGAACGGGCUGAGUGAUUUCACACGCCUUACUUCGCCCGAUUUUGAUGCUCCUUUCUUUGCCUCUGCGGAUCCGCUUUUGAAAGCUGAAGUGGCCGAUGAUAGCAGCGUUUUCUGGGUUAACCCUCAGGAUAUCGAUAACAAUUCACCUGGGGGAAAUAACUAUACUCCGCGGAAAGGAUAUGUUGGAGCUGGAACAGGUGCUUCGCAGCUACUGAGCCCAGUACCAACUACUACACCGAGUCCCAUCAUUAACCCACAGCUCGACCAACGAGGGCAACGCUCCGCUAACGAACACACUGCCAUUUCACCUCAGUCCAUGACCGGUGAUAGGCCAUCGCGAGCGGCCGCCAUGCCCUCUCAUAACCCUCCUAUGCUCAUCACUCCCAAUAAUGUUAACCAGUUAUAUCCGGCAAAUAAUCAGGCUAGUAUGGAUCGCCAGGUUAGUCCUAUUGUGAAGGUAUCCAGUUUUUCCCGUGGAGACUCGCCAUCGAGGGCAGGUGACCAGACAAACUAUUCUCCUCACCAGUCAAACACAAUAGACACUGGACAUCUUUCUCCCGCUAGGGAAACCCGAGAAACCUUUUUCAACAGCGACGAUGAGGACGAUGAUGAGAGCGAUAUUAUCCAGCAGAAGAAACCUUUCUCAAUUCCACCUCCCGCGAGCCGACUCGAGGAUGGUAGUUGGUCCCGAAACCCCAUUACAGGACAAGGUGGAUUGGAUCCCUCCGCAAGAGAAGAUACUUUCGUCCCGAGCCCGAAAGAACUAGCUGCACAGCGAGAGCGAGAUGAGAGGAAUGCCGAGGUUGCGCAAUGGAUAACCCAUAGCGAUGCAUAUAGCGAGAUUGACGGCAGCAAGCCUUGGAGUUUCCGGUCUCGACGCAAGAAUAAGUCUGACAAGAAUAAACGGCGGGCUAAGAGUGCAGGUGACCCUUUCUUAGGCGCCCAAGACGGUUUCAGUUCCCGAUUUGCCUAUCAAGAAUUCGAUGAUUCCGCCAUCCCUGGUCCUGGCGUACUAAUUGACGAAGAGAGUGGCAUGGAAGAUGAUGAAGAUGACUCUUCUGCUGCAUCGUCUAGUGUCCCCGAGUCGCCGCCCGCCAGCGUUCAUCCUGACCUAGUAGACGAUGAUGAGUAUAAUGCUCCUACAACAAUCCCCGAUGCGGAACUCGAGCCAUUACCCAAUCAGUUUCUUCGCGCCAGGCCAUGGCAAGAUUCUGUCCGAUAUACUAGGGAUGUAACCACCAAAUUCCAGCCUACAACGUCCAACGCUGCCAUCAUGCGCUUUUUGAAACGGGCGGAUAAUACCGACACUGCUUCUCGUGCUGCUACUUGGGGAACGCGCGGUCCUAGUGAGUGUGACGUUGAGAGCAUCAUUGGCCCGAAUGGUCGGUUUAGCACCAUCCGAAUCAGCGAAAAGAAAAAGGAUAAGCCUAUGAGAAGGAACAGUCUCCUCGAGCACGCUAGAGGAUUGUUGCCCAAACGAAGCAACAGUAGCUCAAAACGAAAACACCAGAUGGAUUUGAGUCUUCACCCGCAACGGAGCCUAACGCCAGAACAACCACCUACAUCCUCCUCUGACGGCGCUGCACAAAGUACCCACUCUCUUGUUCCUCAGCGCAAGCCCAGCUUUUCUAAAGGCAAUAAACAUCACACGGGCGGUGCUAUCCUUGCCAUGACUGGCCAGAUGGCUACCGUUGGGCGUGGUGGAGGAGUUGGCAUUCCGUCGCCUGUCGUGACGACUUCAACCACUCCUUGGAGCCAUAUCAGACGACGAAGCCGUAGUAAGAGUGACCUAACAAAGAGCGAAGGCCCUGGAGGCUUACUCGACCUUAUUGGAACUCACGGCGGACCUCCGGUUCCCACCCUAGCAUCCCCAAAACAAGAGAAGGGCAUUGGUGCAAGCCUUAUACAAUCGAGAUCUCCUCAAGACAAGCCCGAAGAAAAUGAUCUUGAAGCAGACGAUGACGAUGAUGAUAUGGCUCAUGAAAACGGAGUUACUAUGGAAUUUCCGGUUCGGUCUGACCCAAUAGUACCGACUCUCGAAGGAUUCAAAACCCAUGUUAGGCAACUUAACCCUCGGCUGCAACCUGCUUUGAUUGAGCGGAUUGCCCAAGAGCAAGUGCGGCGGUAUAAGAGACUGGUAGAGCUUAGGCUAAAGCACACACAGAACGUUAGCAAGAACAGCUGCAGUGCAGGAAAGCAUUGCUUUGCGCAAGGAGGCGAAGCCGUCAUGCUGCCGCCCAGAACUAGCCCCAAGGACCCCGAGUCUACAUAUGCUCAGUUUCAAGUUCCCGGGGCAGCAGUUACUCCUGAAGAUUUGGCUACCUUUGGUGAAGCUGCCAUUACGCCUGCUCUAUUUCCACCUGGAGUCCCUCUACCACCUGUCCGUCGCCUUCCCGCUGAGUUCGAGUGCUCCUUAUGUUUCAAAGUAAGGAAAUUUUUGAAGCCUUCCGAUUGGACAAAACAUGUUCACGAGGACGUUCAGCCUUUUACUUGUACUUUCCCGGACUGCACCGAACCAAAGUCAUUCAAGCGAAAAGCGGAUUGGGUGCGGCAUGAGAGCGAACGGCACCGGCAUCUAGAGUGGUGGACGUGUAAUAUGCCGGACUGCUCCCAUACAUGCUUCCGCAAGGAUAAUUUUGUCCAGCAUCUUGUUCGAGAGCAUAAGAUGCCCGAACCUAAGGUGAAAGCAGCGAAAUCACGGAGCAAAAAUCAGCCACGAGAUACUACCACUGAUACCCACGAUGCUACCUCUCAUGCACAAGCUAUCGAGCAAGUUUGGAAACUGGUCGAAAUUGCAAUGCCUGUCCUUGAACUGGUGAACGACAAGACAUCUACUACAGGUGGCAUUAAUACCUUGAAUCAGGGAGUGAUGACACCGCAGUCCCAGGCCAGCAUGUGGACUCCAACCAGCCACACUAACCAUAGCGUAGAAAACACUCAGGCGACCCGUGCGCCUAAGCCUAUAACCUAUGGUACCAGCGCCCUCCUGACCGAGGCGUUUGGUCUUCCUCGUGAGCCAGUACCUAAAGAGAUACCCCAGCAGCAAGCCCCUGAGUAUGCGGCGUUAUCGCGAGCCAACCUUAAGCAACAGCAGCAUUCUGCCGGACGAUCUUUUACCAUAUCCUCAUACCUUCAAACCCAACAGCAAUAUCAUCAACCCCAAAGCCAUAACCAUAAUCAUAAACAGUACGCCAACCAUCUUAAUUCUGCUUCGUACCCUCCGCAAUAUUCUGCUCUACAGCAAGACCCACAAUCCAUUAAUGGUCUUCCCAUGCUCCAACCUCUUGCAGAACAAGGAGAACCUGUGUUGUCCGGCAAUAAUAUUUACGGCAGUAUGGGUAUCUCUGCAACUGCGCCCAUGAUAGAUACAAAGUUCGACGGGGAGCCAAUAUUUGCAUCCCCCGUGGAUAAUGGAUCCUACAUGUAUUCUGUAUCGGGCCAGGAGACUAUGGAAUAUAACAUGGAUGGUAGCGGGAUGACUUACCCCAUUAUGGCUACACCGAUGAACGGUCAAACGGCGGUUAAUGGUGGAUACAUACCAAACCAGCAUUAUAACCAUGGGAAUCACUGA